AUGUCAGUGAAUCAUAAAUAUUUGAAAGAUAUCCGUUUACAAGCAAGUAAUAGAAUUCGAUCUAAGUAUUUAUAUAGAUCAUCCAGAAAAUCAAGAAUUAGAUGUUGGAACGUUAGUAAGGAGCUACUGGAUAAAUAUUUAUUGGCUUUAACCAAAGGUAUGAGCUUGUCAGCUCGUUACAAUUUGCCUCCUAUACGUUGUUCAAUUCUGGUUAUUUGUUCUUUAUGCUCAGGAUUUGAGCUUCAAAAUAUUAGGAGAUCUAAUAGAGUGAAGUUUAUUAUGAAAAUGUUAAGCUUUAUUUAUGGUACAAUAUUCAAUGCAAUAUGUGAAAAUGCAGUUAUUUAUUUCGUAGUAAAUAAUAAAUACAAUGUUGUUUCAAUAAAUAGAAUGUUAUUACUAUUAUACGGUUCAUUAUGGCAUACAGAAGAAAAUAAAAGAGACACAUCAUUGUUUCGAUCAUCGAACCCACCAUUAAUGGAUAAAAUAAAAUUGAUUUGUAAAAAUCGUAAAUUGUGGAAGAGUUACUCAUUAUCAGAAGUGUUGGAUAGGUUUAGUGCAUUUCGUAAAAAGUUUGAGAAAGUGAUUGUAUUUGGAGAUUGUCCUGACUGUGUUGCACAAUACGUCUUGAAUCAUCGAGUAAACAUUGGUCCUAUCAAAGCGAUUUGGAAUAAUCUUAGCGGAAUGGAUAAAUGGUGCACUUCAUACCCAAUGACAGGAUGGAUUGAAUUAGAAGGAUUAGUAGAGAGUAUUUUUCAAUAUUUAUCAUUACCGAAUGAUAAAUAUUUAAUAGAACAAAUUGAUCAAAUUGAUGAAACUUACAAACUCAACUCCUUGCCUCUUUGCCUCCUACCUCUUCAAAUGAUGAACAUAUCAAAUGAAUCAUUAGGUUAUAAUAAAUUUUCUCCAAUUAGAUCAUCUCAGCAUAGUUCUUGCCGCAUCUACAUAUCAUCCUCAUCUUACAUUCAAAUGUAUACAGAAUGUAAUAUGAUUUAUCAUAAUCUAGUGCCAAGUUUAUGUCGGACUAUUGCACAAACUUGCCAAAUUUCCAUUGAUUUAAUUGAUCUACGUAUUGGUGUUCCGGAAACAAUGACAUACAGUCUCGUUGCUUUAGAAAUGUAUUUAAAACAAGCUGCAUCUUCUGAUAUAUUUGUUUUAUUAUUGGGUGAUAAAUACGGUUGGGUUCCUGAGGAAGCGCUAGUUAGAGCAUUGCCAGACUCACUUCUUGCUGAAGUCAAUAAAUUUUACAAGGUUGGAAUGUCUGUCAUCGAAAUGGAAUAUCACAUGAUGAAAUUAGCUGUUGUAAAUAAAUUUUCCGACUCAAAUUUGAACAUGUUUCAUUCUAGGAUAUUUGUGUUCAUUCGAGAUUUGAACUGGAGUCAUAUACCGAAGGAAUAUGUACAAGUAUUUGGUGAUCAGGAUCCAGUUAAUAUUGAUCGCCUCAAUGCCUUUAAACAACUUCUAUCAAAUGACGGGAUUUCGAUUGUCAAUUAUUCUGCUGAAUUCAGUGCUAUGAUUGAUAAUCAUCCAAUGAUUGGGAAUUUAGACAAUUUUCGAAGUCAAUUUCUAUCAACACUAGAAUCAACACUUAAGAGAUUAUAUUCUAAUUCUGUAAAUGACGCUGUUAACUUGUCAAUGAUUACGUUAUCUGAUGAUCAUGAUGAUGACAAUAAUAAUAAUAAUAACGAACUGAUAGAUAUUUCAACAUUUCUUGCUACUUAUGUACAUCCAAUAGCUAAUGAAAUAACACCACGACAUUUGUUAAAUAUACAACAUACUUUUAAAACUAUGAUUGGACAAUAUGUUCCGGUAUAUUCAAUUAGUCAACAUACAAAAUCCGAUCAAUCUUCAAAUGAUCAAAAGAAAAAUGGAAACAUUCUAGUGAUUACUGGAAGUCCUGGAUGUGGUAAAACUGUUCAUUUGGCAGCAUUAGCAAUGUCUUUGACUGCAACUGACUAUCAGUCAGCAAGUACUACUACUACUACUACUACUACUACUACUACUACUACUACUACACAAAAAUCACUGUCAAACAAUCAAUCAUCACUAGCUAAAUAUCAAAUUUUAAUUCAUUUUACCAAUGGUAUACCAUGUACAGGUUUAUCAUCGUGUAAACAAUUAUCUACAAUGCUUAAUCAUUGGAUUAAAUCAUUGAUUGGUCAAUUAAAGAGUUUAUUCAAUGCAUCAAGUAUUAUUAAAAUGUUUCUGUCAAAGAUUAAAGUUCAUUUGGAUCAUACAAAUACAAAUGCAAAUGAUGAUCAUAAUUUGAAGUAA